AAAAACAACAGAUGAUGGAAUACGAGGGCCGUCUUUUGCAUAAAACCGAAGACUUAGUGCAUAUUCACCAAUUGUAUUUAAAAUCGAAUUUUCUGGAAUUUAUUUUCUAAAAUCUAAAAAUAUCGCGUAAUAUCGAACCAACCGCCCGAUUUUUUGUAAUUUUAAAGUGUUCUUUUUUACUCUAAUAGGCUACCAUAUAUAUUUUAUAAAAAAGUUCGGUGUUCGGCUUAAUCAUUAUCGUUAAAAAUUCGCCAGAACCCGCUGUACCGUACCACCUUAUGCUGGCAUAGAAACGCCAUAGAAAUAAAACUGAACGUUUAUGCAGCUUGGUCAAAUCGAACUACUUUUUGCUGCUGGUUUUUAUUACUUUGGUGAAAACCGUUAAAUCACUUGUAGAAUGUUUAUUUAAAUAACAGUUUGGAUUUGUUUUUGGUAUACCCCUUUAUUAAAUCUGGUACGCCACUAUAUUGAUUUCUGGUAUGCCACUUUAUCGAUUUAACAACGGUUCAGCGCUUUAUUUGUCAUCACACAACCGCAGAAAGUAAACUUUCUUGGGAUUCGUUGCUACGAAAUACGUAACAGACAAAAACCACGUUCAGCAAAUCCUACAAUAAAAGAUAUAUUUCGCCAAAUUGCAUCGUCAUUCUCUUUUAAGUUUUGUUAAGAAAAGUUUGUUCGGACAAUGAAAUCAGUUAAUAAUUAACUAAUUUUAAAGUUGUUAAAGUUAUUCAUCAUUAGUCUAUGUAACACUACUGCUAGUAUGGUAGAAUCAAAAAGAUUUGACUUGAAACGUUUAGCCGGUAUUACAUGCAGCGUCAUUGCUGCUUUCUUCGUUGCUCUCGGCGCUGUAAUUUAUAAAUUGACAGAAGACUCAGUCAGCGUACAAGUAUGGUUCCUACGUUUUGUAUUAAUGUACUUCUUGAACAUUCCGUAUCUGAGUUAUAAAUCAGUAAAGCAAGAGCUUCCAGUUUUAAAUUCAAAUUCUAUAUCGUACUUGGUGGCUUUUGGAUUCUUUUCCGUUGCAUCUAGCCUUACAUUAUACCUUUCGCUCGAUGAGCUUUCUGCAGGAGACAGCUUCGCUAUAUGCAAUUCUCACUUCGUUAUCACGCUGGUGCUCUCCUAUGUAUUUUUGAAAGAGAAACAUCACCCAGUGGUUAUUAUUCUGGCCAUCGCUAGCAUGGUUGGUGUGUUCCUUGUCGCUCGUCCAACGUUCCUGUUCGGUGACGACGAUGGAAUUAACGUCAAUCCGAAUCAAAACAGAGCUUUGGGAGUUGCGUUAGCCGUUUCUACCGCUUUCUUUGGUUCGGCAAAAUUCAUUUCAGGCAGAAAGUUAAAAGACAAUGUACAUCUCUCUCAAAUGAUGACUUCUGUCUGUAUACAAGCUUUAAUUGCGUUUCCAAUAUAUGCACUUAUUACCAACCAAGGGUGGUACAUUCCAUGUACGUACGAUUGGGGACUUUUGAUCGCCAGCGCAUUAAGUACUCUGCUAUCUAACUGGAUUCUGGCAUUGGCACUUCAGCUUGAACGUGCAGGACCGGUGUCAAUGGUUUAUACAUCAUUAAUUGUAUUCAGUUUUAUUUUAGAAAGUAUUAUGUUAAAAACUGUCCCUCUGGUCACCAGCGUGAUCGGUGCAUUACUUGUGUUGUUGGGUUCAAUCGGAACGAUUUUUGUCCAAUUUCAGUUCCCGACAGAUAUGAUUGGUGGUGGGAUAUACACGCUAAAGUAAAACAACACUAUCAAAAUACUACUUAGAAUUUCAAAGAGCUUGAAAUACUUAUAUUCCUAUAUCUUUUACACCAUUUCGUCACCGUUUUCAUGAUUUUUUUCUUUUUAAAUUGGUAUUAUUUUAAAAAAAAGCUAAAAUAAAACUGUGGACUGAGCACGUACUUCUAGUAUGCUGUUGGCCAAUAUAGGAUCUGUAGCUAAUCAUAUAGAAUUUCGCCGUACAAACACACGCCUGAGAGACCACAACGAUUGUCGCAAUGGCAUCGCACUGAGAAUGAUGUGCUCGUUUAUUAUAGCUAUGCUCUCUUGUUAUGUAAAGGGCGAUAAAUAUCAGCUAAAAUAACAUUUCUAUACCAUGACACAUCAUAACUUGAAACAUGCCGAAUCAUCUUAGAUAACAGAUAACAGAUACCCUUGCUCGAAUAAUUGGUUGUGAUUUGUCACGUGAUAUGCGCUAUUAAAUUAUGAUUCAGAUCAUUCAAUAAA